AUGAGCGCCCUCAACAACUUUAUAAUUGCUGCUGAUCAGCUGGUUGCAUUUUGCACCAAUUUCGAAACGAUUUCUUUAGUAGAUCAAACUCCUUCUAAAUUAGAAGCAUCAAAAAUAGAAUUAAAGGACCUUUGGGUUGAAAUUAAAAGUCGCUAUACAAUUUGUUUACUUCCCACUCCCGAGGGUGAAGAAGAUUUAUCAGAUUCAGAUAUCGAAUCUGUUAAGGCAAAGUAUCUCUUAUCUGGAAAUACAUAUAUACAAUGUUUAAGUGAAAUGAUCGAGUCAAUUAAAAAACUAAAUAUAAUAAAAGCCGAUUUACAAACUUUCGCCCCUAGUCAAGCUUCGGUAUCUGGAACUGCAGCUCUUUCGAUAAUUCAAACUGUGCCUCCAACUGAAUUUCAAUCUGUACCUCCACAAUCUGCAGAGAUUCACCAGGAUCAACAUCUUGGUUCUACAAAUGGUGUCAAAGUACCUGCUUGCGACACCGACAUAUUUUACGGUGAUUACUUAACUUGGCCAUCAUUUAGAGAUAUUUUUACAGCUGUCUAUAUAAAUCACCCUAAAUUAUGCUCAGUUCAAAAGUUAUUUCAUCUUCAUUCGAAGACAAAAGGAGAGGCAAAUAAUAUAGUUUCAAGAUUCCCCCUAACCGCAGAUAGCUUUAACCUAGCAUGGGCAGCUUUAACUGAUCAAUUUGAAAACCAAAGAAUCAUUGUGAAUAAUCAAUUAAAAAAUCUUUUUAAUUUAUCAAGUGUGUCAAUAGAAUCCGGAAAGGGUGUUCGAAAUUUACAACGCGAAAUAAACGACAGUCUCUCAAUUCUUAAGGCGCAUAAAGUUAAUACAGAUCAUUGGGAUCCUAUUAUUGUGUAUUUAUGUUCCAAUAAGCUUCCGGAAAAAACACUUUCUAUAUGGGAACAAACAUUAGAAAAUCCUAGAGAUAUUCCAUCCUGGUCCGCAAUGGACAAUUUUCUCACAAAUCGUUAUAGAGUGUUAGAAACAGUUUCCGAUAUAAAGUGUCAAUCAAAAUUAAAGGAAUCUACAAAUAAAUUUAAAUUUUUUAAAUCAAACAAUGAUAAAACUCAACAACAUCGAUCGUUUCAUACCAAUGCAAAAGGCUAUAGUUGCAAACUUUGCAAUAAUAAUCAUCCCAUUCGACUCUGUCCAACUUUCAUUCAAUUGCCCAUUCCAGAUAGAAUUUCGAAACAAAAUUGCCAAAGCAUUCAUACCUGCAUAUACUGCAAGCAAAAGCAUCAUACGAUGCUCCAUAUCCCUACUGCAUCGGAUUCUCAACUUCAAUCCAUUUCGCCUAAUCCUUCUUCGUUAAAUACGGGAUCAGAAGUCACUUUUAUUUCUGAAGCAGCUCAAAAAAGAUUGAGUUUACCGGUGCGAUCGAUACAAGCAAAAAUAUCUGGCAUAGGUUCUGCUACCACCGCAACUGCUUCAAAAAUGUGUUCGUUCCUAUUAGGAUCAAAACUAAAUCCUGAUUUUAGUCUUUCAACAAAUGCGUUAGUGUUAAAAAGUCUGACAGGUAAUCUACCAACUGCCACUAUAAUUCAAAAGGAAUCUUUGGCUCCAUUUGAUUUCGUAUUAGCUGAUCCUUAUUAUUAUGAAAGCUCGAAAAUAGAUCUUUUAAUUGGAAUGGAUAUAUAUCCCUCAAUUAAGAGAUACGUUCAUGUUCAACUUUCAUUUUUUAAUGCAAUUUCGUUGGAUAGACAAAUUCAGAAUUUCUUUGAAAUUGAAAAUAUUCCUGAUUAUAAGCCUCUCUCCGAAGAAGAUAUAUUUUGUGAAAAAUUGUAUUCCACGACAACCUCGAGAGGUGCUGAUGGUCGUUACACAGUCCGACUUCCUUUCAAAGAUCCCACUCCAGCAUUAGGUCAUUCUCGUGACAUAGCCUUCAAACAAUUCCAGCGCAUGGAAAAAUCUUUUGAAAAAAAACCUGACCUGUAUGUUAAGUACAAUCAAGUGCUGGAAGAAUAUUCUUCAUUGGGACAUAUGGAAGAGGUUUUAUCCGAUGAAAUCAUAUAUGAAAACAGAGUGUGCUCAUUCUUUCUGCCUCAUCAUGCGGUUAUAAAACCAGAUAGCAUUUCAACCAAAAUUCGAGUUGUUUUCAAUGCGUCUAAUAAAUCCAGCACUGGUGUCAGUUUAAACGACUUAUUGCACACUGGCCCUGUGUUACAAUCUGACUUAACUACCUUAAUUUUGAAUUGGCGUUUGUAUCGAUAUGUGUUCAAUGCAGAUAUCGAAAAAAUGUAUCGUCAAAUUAGAGUUGACUCGGAACACACUCCGUAUCAACGAAUUUGGUACCGAAAUCCCGCGAAUGAAGACAAUCAAGUAAAAACUUAUGAGUUGAAAACAGUAACGUUUGGUGUUAAUUGUGCACCAUUUUUAGCUAUUCGGACACUACACAAACUAUCUGAAGAUGUGCAAUAUACCUUGCCUCUUGCUUCUACAAUUUUGAAAGAAGAUUUUUAUGUCGAUGACGUCUUGUCCGGUGCACAUGAAAUUGAUUCUGCAUUAAGAGCACAACAAGAGUUGAUCGAAGCUUUAGAGUCUGCAGGCUUUCCGUUAAGAAAGUGGACAUCCAAUUGUCAAGAUCUUCUUAACAAUAUUCCAAAGGCUCAUCUUUUAAAUGAAAAUAUUUUAAAUCUUGAAGAUAAAAGUGUUUCGAAAACACUUGGCAUACGAUGGAAUGCAAAACUUGAUGCAUUUCAAUUUUUCUUCAAAACAUUAGCAUCUGAUAUUGGUCUUACCAAAAGAUCAGUGAUUUCUAUAAUUGCACGAUUAUUUGACCCUGCCGGCUGGCUAGCCCCAGUCAUUAUCACUGCAAAGAUCAUAAUGCAGCAAGUCUGGCGUGACGGCACGUCAUGGGACCAAGAAAUUGCGCCGCUAACGUGUCGCCGCUGGAAAUUAUUUUUAACUUCCUUGCCAUUUAUAGAAAGAAUACAAGUCCCUCGAUGGCUACAAUAUGACCCAACAAAACCAAUUCAAAUUCACGGCUUUUGCGACGCUUCAGAGCAUGCAUACGCAGCAGCCUUUUACUUACGCGUUCAAACCAGUGAAAAUAGUUGGUCUUCGAAUUUAAUAUGCUGCAAAAGUAAAGUAGCCCCAGUUAAUCAACUGCCUUUGCCUAGGCUAGAACUAUGCGGUGCUUUUCUCUUAGCAAAACUUUUUACAAAGGUUAUAUCCAAAUUAAAAUGUCCUAGUAAUGAUCUAUAUUGUUGGACCGAUAGUUCAAUAGUAUUGGCUUGGUUAGAUAAACCAGCCUGUACAUGGAAAACCUUCGUGGCUAACCGCAUUUCUCAAAUUCAAACAGAUCUUCCCCAUAUAAAGUGGAGUCAUGUUCGGUCAGCUGAUAAUCCUGCUGACUUGGCAACCAGAGGUAUUUCACCGAUAGAGCUCCAAAAUAAUAAUUUAUGGUGGAAUGGUCCUUCUUGGCUCUGCCAGCCCCAGUCUCUUUGGCCUCAGUCUCUUUUAAAAACUGCAGGCGAAGAUGAUCUGGAGCGGCGAGCAAUUAAAGUUUACACCAGUUCGAUUGUAUCAAAUGUUGAAACAGUAAUUAGUAGAUUUUCUUCGUGGUCAAGACUAUUACGAGUGAUGAGUUAUGUCUUUCGAUUUUUCCAUCUAACACACAAAAAGCAUAAAAAGUUCUUUCGAUAUACAACAACAACCGUUUCUAAGCAUGAAAUGGAUCAUGUGAAAGGACUCGUCAUUUGCUUGACCCAACAUCUUUAUUAUCAACCUGAUUACGUUAAAUUCUUAAGAAAAGCACCAGUUUCCAGCAAAAGUCGACUGCUGAACCUGAAUCCAUUUAUGGACAAAAACCAUAUAAUUCGUUCUGAUAGCAGACUCUCCUGUUCAACUCUUUCUUAUAAUGAAAAAUAUCCCAUCUUACUCCCUUAUCAAGCCGUAAUUUCCAGCCUUUACGUUAAUUAUUUGCAUCGUAUUACACUGCACGGUGGAAACCAACUUGUACUUCGAAUGGUUCGAUGUGAAUUUUAUAUACCAUACGUUAAAAAGUUAAUUAAAAAGUGCAUCCAUUUGUGUAAACCUUGUCAGAUACAAAGAAUGAAAUUGCAAACCCAAAUAAUGGGUGCCCUUCCAGUUGAACGAACCAUAAUCUCUUCUCCUUUCACUUACACAGGCGUUGAUUUUGCCGGCCCAUAUUUGAUAAAGAGCUUUUCUGGUAGAAAUUGUCGCAUUACUAAAGGGUAUGUAUGCCUUUUCGUUUGUUUUGGGACAAAAGCAAUUCAUUUAGAAGCCGCAAGUGAUUUGAGUACUGAUACCUUUUUAGGAGCAUUCAAUCGAUUUAUUUCUCGUCGUGGCUUGCCAAAAACGCUGUUCUCUGAUAAUGGCACCAAUUUUGUAGGUGCUAAUAAAGCCAUUUCAAGUGAUUUUAAAGCAUUUCUCGAAUCUGCCACAGAUGAAUUGUGUGAAAGAUACAAGGAUCGCAACCUCGAGUGGAAAUUCAUUCCACCUGGUGCUCCACACAUGGGAGGGAUUUGGGAAGCAGGAGUAAAGAGUUUUAAACUUCACUUUAGAAAAAUAGCUGGAACCAACAAAUUUACUUUCGAAGAAUUUUCAACGCUUCUAGCUAAAGUUGAAGCUUGUCUGAACUCAAGACCCAUUUCUCCUAUUACCGAAAACCCAGCUGAUAUUCUGCCCUUAACUCCAGGACACUUUCUCCGUGGUGGACCUUUAUUAUCGCCGUUAGAACCUGCUAUGGAUGAAAGUUCCCUAAGUUGUAUUAAGAGAUGGGAACGUGUUAAGAUUCUUCAUCAUCAAUUUUGCCGUAGGUGGAAGGAUGAGUAUCUUAAGGAGUUAAAUAAAAGAUACAAAUGGAAAUGUCCAAAACGGAACAUUAUGUUAGACGAUUUAGUCGUUAUAAGAGAUGAAAAUCUCCCCCCAAACGAAUGGCGUCUUGGCCGCAUUAUUAAGGUCUAUCUUGGACCCGAUGACAAAGUUCGUGUUGUAGAUGUGAAGACUCAAAAUGGAGUCAUAACUAGACCUAUUACAAAACUUUGCAUUUUGCAUGAACCUGAUUCUGAGCCUCAAUCUGAGCCAGAAUUCAAAUCUCCACCUGAACCUUCAAAUUGA